AUGGAGAUACACAACGACAACAAUAACUCCUUGUUCCUUAUUGGAAAUGUCUCUGUGGCCGAAAAGACAGUAUACGAGAUGUGCAGACACAUGCCGAGUGUCAUCCUCUUCUAUCUGGGAAUGCAGUUUAUUAACAUGUUCAUGGGGAUCCCAGCAAACCUCAUGGUCCUGUGGCUGAUCCGCCGCAACCGGAGCGAUUCAACCACAUCAGACAUCUUCAUCUGGCAUCUGGCUGUGCUGGACACCUUCUUCUGCCUUAUUCCUCCCCUGGAGCUUGUCAACCUGCUGUACCUGAGCACCAGCAGCACCUGGUAUGUGCUUCGCUUCUGGUACGGCAUCAAAGACUCGUCGCCGCUCUUCCUGGCCUGCAUCUGCCUGGACCGCUACAUGGCCGUGCGCCAUCCUAUUAUCUUCUCCAACCUAAAGGACCGGCCCCAUCGUCCUGUGUGUGCCAGUGUUGUGUGGUUCAUCACUUUGGUGUACGCCAUACUGAAGUGUUUGGGAACCAUCCCCAACUUCGAUAAAGUAUUUACGAUCAUGAUCCUGACCACUUUUGCGUUUAUGCUCUUCUGCAACAUCUCUAUCCUGUGCGCCCUGCACCAAUCUGGUCCAGGAAGAGAUGACAUGCAUCCAGUCAAGAAAAGAGCUUUUAAGAUGGUGCUCAUUAUUUUAGCUAUCAUAGUCUUUAACUACUUUCCUCCCGUAGCGCUUUUCCCAUUUCAGAUUUAUUUCUCUCCUGAUGUGUUUAAAUGCUAUAUCCAUUACAUAGCUUUUGGCUUCAUGGACAUCAGCAGCAGCAUUCAGCCUCUCAUGUACCUGUCGAAUAAGAAACCUCAAUGUCCAGGGUGCUGCAGUGAGUGCUGUAGCACUAAAGACACUGAGACUGCAUCCAUUAUCGAGCCAUCGACUGUGUACAGUAAUAAUGGUUAG